AUGGCAGGAGAGGAGUCUUGUUUGUGCACGCAGGGUUUUACCCUGUUUGGGAUACUGGCAGCAGCUUAUAUAGUAAUAACACAGGCAUGGAAAGCAAUAUGUGGCCUGAGGAACCACCUAGUGUCCCGAUGCAUGAGGACAGACCUCACAAAGUAUGGACGGUGGGCAGUGGUGACUGGUGCUACUGAUGGGAUCGGAAAAGCCUAUGCUCUGGAGCUUGCAAAACGAGGCCUGAAUGUUGUCCUGAUAAGUAGGACCCUGGAGAAACUGAAGAGAGUGGCUGCUGAGAUAGAGAUGGAGACUGGACGCACAAUUAAAUAUAUUCAAGUAGACUUUACAGGUGGAUCAAAUAUCUACCAUAAGAUUCAAGAAGAACUGAAUGGCUUGGACAUUGGAGUGCUGGUAAACAAUGUGGGUAUGAAAAUAUCUGAAGUGGCCACAAAAUAUCUGGAUGCCCCUAACCUUGAAAAGAUGCAGGAGAGUACAAUAAACUGCAAUAUACUGUCAGUUGUACAGAUGACACGAAUGGUUCUUCCUCAAAUGGUACAAAGGAAGAAAGGACUAGUUAUUAAUUUGUCCUCAGAAGUUGGAAACCGUCCUUAUCCAAUGGCAAUCAUCUAUAGUGCUUCCAAGGCCUUUGUGGAUUUCUUUUCUCGUGGUCUUCAUGCAGAAUACAAGUCUCAAGGAAUUAUAGUGCAGUGUGUGAUGCCUUUGUUUGUCUCAACUGACAUGACCUAUAAAAUUAAACCAAACAUUUUUGUUAAAUCUGCUGAUGCAUUUGCUUGGGAAGCGUUGAACACAGUUGGGUACACAGAAAGAACUAGUGGAUGUCUCUCACACUCUAUUCAGAGUUAUGCUUUGGACCUCGUGCCGGAGAACCUAUUCAACUUUUUACUGACACAAAAUGAAUUGACAAAACAAUUUAACAAAUUGAAAGAUAACUGAGUAUUAUGUCUGCAGCCGUACAAAUGCAGAACUAAUAAACUUUCACAGGCAUUUAUAGAAUUUAAUAAAAACCUUUAAUGAUU